AUGCCAGCGGCCACUGCCCGGCUGCUCACGUGCUUGUUGAUGUUUGAGAUUUGCUUCCCAACAGGGCUGGGCGUUAUUGUGAGGAGCAGCCGGCAGCAGCGUUGCAGGUGGCAGAGGAUGCAGUGCCACGCGGACAGCACGCAGGCAGGAGACAGGCCGGCGGCAGAGCAGGACGAAGCCCCUCUGCUUGCCGAGCAGCCGUCCUCCCACACAGGGCUCUGCUCGGCUCGCUGUGGCCUGGCCCUGGUCCUGCACGUUGCUCUCUUCGUGGCGUACGCGCUCCGGGUCAGCCUCAGCAUCGCCAUCGUCGCCAUGACUAACAGCAGCCAGCCCCACGGCUGCCCCGGCAGCGCUCCCCGUGGCUCCUACCCAGGAUUUGCUCAGGACGCCCCCGUGUACAACUGGAGCGCUGAGACUCAAGGAAUCAUCCUCAGUUCUUUCUUCUACGGCUACGGCUUCACGCAGGCGCUGGGCGGGUACAGCUCGGGGCUGCUCGGGGGGAAACUCGUGGGAGUGAUAUUUCCAGCUCAGUACACGCUCUGGGCAAAAUGGGCCCCUCCGCUGGAACGCAGCAGGCUCAUGAACAUCGCUGAUGCUGGAUGCACUUUUGGGACUUUCUUUGCUCUCCUUGUGGCUGGGAUCAUCUGCCAGAGUCUGGGGUGGCCUUUUGUCUUCUACAUCUUUGGCGGCGUUGGCUGUGCCUGGUGCCUCUGCUGGUUCCUCCUCGUGUACGAGGACCCUGCACGUCACCCGUGGAUCAGUGCCAGGGAGCAGGAGUACAUCGUGUCGUCGCUGGCUCACCAGGGCAGCUCUCAUGGCCGCUCCCUCCCACUCGUGGCCAUGGCUAAAUCACUGCCGCUUUGGGGGAUCACCAUUGCCUGCUUCUGCACAGACUGGCUGUUCUACAUGCUGCUGACCUCCAUGCCCACGUUCAUGAGCAACGUCCUGCAUUUUGACCUCAGAGAGAAUGGGCUCCUCUCCUCCCUGCCUUACAUUGGGAAUGGGCUGGGGCACAUUCUCUCUGGGCUGCUGGCUGAUUUCCUCCUGGCCAAGCGAGUGCUCAGCACAGCAGCUGUCCGGAAGCUCUUCUCAGCACUCGGGAUGCUGCUCCCAGCUGUCUUCCUGGUGGCCGUGCCUUACAUCGGCUGCAGUUCUACAGUUGUUGUGGUCCUUCUAACGCUGGCCUUGACAAUAAUCAGCAUGACAGGGGCAGGCAUCAAUAUUAACCACAUCGAUAUAGCACCCAGAUAUGCAGGGUUCCUGCUAGGAAUCACAAAUACCUUUGGCAUAGUCGCAGGAAUUAUUGCUCCUACCGCAGUUGGACUUCUUGUCAGCCAGGAUCUCCAGACUGGCUGGAGGAAUGCCUUCUUCAUCUCUGCAGCCCUCAACCUGUUUGGCCUGAUUUUCUACAUAACUUUUGGCAGCGGGACCAUCCAAGACUGGGCUAGGGAGGACACUGCUGUGCAAUGA